CGCAAUUCCCAAAAUGGAACUAUUCCAUCGUGAACAUGAAGGAUAUCUAGGGCCCUAACAUCUCAACUGUGACACGCCAUGCUUUGAUUAUUUCUUCUCUCUUACGGGCGAAAAGUAGAAUCACCCUAUUAAACACCAUAGUAAAGUCUUGGCCUCACUUCCCUAGUGCAAACCGUGAGAGGCAUGUGAUACGAAUGACGAUACCUACCACGAAGGAAUCGGUUAGCAAAGUUGUACCGACGCAUCAAUGGCGCUUCGGCAGUACAAGACAGUAGCCACCCGUCGGAGGGCUGCAGUGCUACUGUUCUUCAGCUCAGUUAGCCUGCUGCUCGUACUUUCCAUCCGGAACCAUCGUGUCCUACCGACCCCUAACCGGGACAAACAACAUCUACAAACCCAUAACAGGGAACAAGACACUAAUAAUACCAACCUCUCAAGCGCACGAGCCCCCUUCAUCGCCUGGCCCCUCCGCCGCGUCUGCGCCGAAACCACCACAUACGUCCCCGGCCUCGCAUUUCUCUGCGACAACAACAGCGGCGGACCGGGCAACAUCCGGAACUACAUCCUGACAUGCGUGCGGUACGCCGUCGACGCGGGCGCCUCCGCGCUGGUCCUGCCGCGCAUCCAGGCCCGCUCGCCCUCCAACCCGGCUGACCUGUUCCACGCGUACCAGUCGUUCGGGUACAUGUUCGACGAGGCGCAUUUCCGCGGCGCCAUGGCAGCCGCCUGUCCGCGCGUCGCCGUGUACGCUCGCGUCGAGGACGUGCCCGGCGCGCGGGCCAGAGCGGCCAAGGCGAACCGCGCUGUCGACCAGAUCGUGGAGCGCGUGAUGCCGAAGACUUUUGGAGGCAGCCGCGCCGGAUGCGAUCGGCGUGAUCCGAACCGGCAUACGGAUCGGUUCGGGGGCGCGUUUCGGGAAUGGCUGCGGAGCUCGGCGGCAGAGCGCGGCUGGGCGCCGUCCAACGACGUCGACAACCCGCGACUUAUCCGCUUCUCCUGGGGGGUACUCUGGGACUGGCCUGUAUACCGCGACGGGCCCGAGUUUGCGGCCACGUUCGGCGGGCUAUUGAAGAUCCGGGACGACAUCCUGGACGUCGCAGAUGCCAUUGUGACAUCGAUGAGGACGCUCUCCGCCUCGACACGGGGCACCGAAACCGUAGCCGACCAAUCGUUUCUCGGAGUACACCUGCGGACAGAGGCGGAUGCCCUAUCGCGAUGGCCGUCGUACGAGAACCAGACCAAGAACUACUUGCGCGAGGCCGCGAGCCAGGGGUACCAAGGGCGAGCAGCGUACAUAGCCUCAGGCAACGAGACAGAAGCAAGGAAGUUUGGCGCAGAGGCCAUGGCAACUUUACAACUAGAGGUUAGGUCCAAGUACGACCUCCUAGACGAGGGAGACGAGAAGCUAGAGAGGCUGAAGUCGUUCAGCUGGGACCAGCAAGCGUUAGUAGAUUUCGUGGUACUGCUAAAUUGCGACUACUUCGUCGGGGUAAGCCCGAGCAGCUUUAGCAUCAAUGUGGUGUUGAAGAGACACUUACAGGAUGAGGGUUUAUAUACGCGACCGUGGAAGGUUGGAGGGCAAGGCGAUGGAAGAAGCUGGCUCGUGGGACGCUAUGAUCGGUACUGGGAAGAUUGGCUCUUUAUGUUUGAUGGCAUGUGGCCUUAA